AUGAAGCUCAUCAUACUCACAACUCUACUAGGCCUUUGUAUGGCCACACCAAGUCCAGCUCCAGUAGAGAAAUCUCCAGCAAAAAAGGUAACGGCAAAGGUUACAAUCGAGAAAAAGACAGUUCCCCAAAAACCAGCUUCAGAUGUAAAAGGCCCUAAGCUGGCAACUACUUCGAACAAUUCCAGAUACCCAGUUACCAGAAUUACAACUGUAGCGGAUAAUAAAGAUCCGGAAUCCGAGGAGCCGAAGCGAACUGAAACACUUCGAAGAUACCAAAAGAAACAAAUGGGAAAGAGAAACCCGUUUUUAGAUCCACACUAUGAAGAUGAAGCCUUGGAGAAGUUAUUUGGAGUCGACGAAAUGGAGCGAAAUCCGUACCUCCAUCCGGACGUCAUUGAAGGGCGUGCAUUUGUCAGUAAGAAGACUGGACUUAUCUUUUACAAGGACGAUUUCUACAGGGAAAAGAGAAAGGAGAGUAGAGCGGCACAGGAAGCAAGGAUUAUCGGGGCAAAGGUUGAGCCCAUAGAGGGUAAGAGUGACUACAAGGAAGAUCGAGAUGGCAAAUUUGACGAGUGGCUUGCCAAGUCCAAGGCUGUUGAAGUGGGUGCCAGAAAGUUGUACGAAGAAGCCAGGAGGAAGGUGGACAAAGUAGUCCUACCAGAGCCUAAGAAGAGAUUCGGAGAAAGACUAGAGAAGAUUCUUAAAAAUGUCGAAGGAAUCACCAAGGAGAUUAAGGAACUUGAAAAGACUGAAAAGAAGAAUACAUCCGAGGCGAUUGAAAAGGCACUUGGGUACUUUUUAGGCCACUUUCAAACCCGUGCAUUGAUAAAGUCUGACGUUAGUGAACUCAUUCUCGAUGUUGCCAGAGAACAAGAGGAUGGAGACGAAGUCCUCAAGAUCCUGGAACAGUUUCUAGUAGCCCUUGAAAGGUCUCCACUGGCUUAG